UUCUGAUACAGAAGGGUUCCAGUUUCAGAACUCUCAGAGCCAUCGUCCCCACAAACAAAACACACACAACACACACUUGCAACCACCGCCGGUUUUGCAUUUCAACAAAUUUUGAAAUUCCGAAAGAGGCGGGAGCCAAUCGGAGAGGAGCGGGCUUGUACGGAAGAAGGCGGCAAGUAUUUAUAUAUAACAGAUGGAGGAGACGAAGAAGCGGAAGCUAGACGAAAUCGGAAACGGCCGUUCCUUACCCAACUUGAAUGAUACGGCGCCGUCUUCAACCCUUGAAGAAUUGCGUACGCUGCUUGACCCCCUCGCUAAGCCGCUGCUCGUCAAUCUCCUUGCUAGAGCAGGUUCCCAAUAUGCUUCUAUUGCCGAAGAAAUUAAAAGUGUUGCAAGUGCUGAUCCUGCCCUUCGAAAGCUUUUUGUUCGUGGUUUAGCAUGGGAUACUACUUCAGAAACUUUGUGUGAUGCCUUUCAAGAGCAUGGUGAGAUCGAAGAGGGUGCUGUGAUUUACGACAAAGCCACGGGAAAAUCACGUGGUUAUGGUUUUAUCACCUUUAAAGAUAUGGAGUCAGCUCAGAAUGCACUAAAAGCACCAAGUAAAAUGAUUGAUGGUCGUAUGGCUGUAUGUAACCUUGCAAGUGAAGGCUUAAGCAGCACCAGCGCCACACAGGAUCAAUCCCAAAGGAAGCUAUACAUUGGAGGUUUGUCACCCGAGAUAACUAGCGAAAUAUUGCUCUCCUUCUUUGGGAGAUAUGGGGAUAUUGACGAAGGCUCUGUUGCAUAUGACAAGGACUCGAAGAAAUCCCGCGGCUUCGGCUUUGUUACUUACAAGACUGCUGAGGCAGCAAAAAGAGCUAUAGAAGACCCUCAAAAGAUGCUCGGAGGAAGAAAUGUGACGGUGAAGCUUGCUGAUAAUCACAAAGGAAAAGUCGGGCAAUCACAGGCGCCAGUAAAUAUGAGUGGUGGAUAUCAACAACAGAGUGGCGGAACUGGAAACCCUAUUGGAUAUAGUUAUACACAACAUAUGGCGGCUGCGGCAUAUCAAACUGGUUCGUACGCAAGUCCAGCAGCAGCAGCUUCUCAUUACUCGGCUCAGUCGCAAUAUUCUUAUCCACAGUAUGAUUAUAGGACAGAUACUCCGCCACCUCAGCACUCGUCUUUUGCUGGAUACCCUUACCACAUGCCAAAGCAAUAGCCACCUCAACUCAACUAUAGGAUGGGAUGUUUUUCGAGCAGUUGUGAUUAGGCUAAUUAGGUUUGCUUAAUUACUUUUUGACUGUUUUUGUUAAUUGUCUCUCUUAGCUCUAUGCUUCUUUACUUCUCUUUGAUAUUUUCUCAUCUU